UGUGCGCACGCGUUAAUGUUUUCACCACCAGCACUCGGUGUCAGUGAACAAGUUGAGACGUGCAGGACAGCUUGUACAAAAUGCCAACGAGCCUGAUGGUGGAUUAACUCAAAUGACAGUUGUUGCCAGAACGUUAAGAUAGCAUUAAACUCAGCCUGGAUGACUGCGAACAGCUCUCUCGGUCAUCUCCGGACCCGCGUCUGAAAUCAUACAUUUUAAUAUUGACAUGUCAGUUCCACACGCAGUUCAACGCGAUGCUGGGGCUGCUGUGCUUUUUUCGAUUAAUUAGGGUUUUCUAGUCAGUUCGGCGUAAUGUCAGAGGGGAAAUUUCGAUUAAAUAUUAUAUAGCGUUUACGGAGCCUCUGAUAGUCACGACCGCACCUCACUGACAAGCAAAUACGUGUAAAACCUCCAAAAGGAAGUGAUGAAGCCAUGUCUGCAGGUUGUCUGAGAUGGAUGCUAAGCCAAACAGUGAGGGCUGCGUGCGGCGGCGGCUCUGGCUACUGGACCCCGGCAUCAAGAUUUACCAUAUCCAGUGACAGAUCUAACAUCGCUGCUUCCUCCUGGAGAUGGUCUCCAUUCUCCACCACUGUGGAGGAAGACACAGACCAGACUCCUGCACCGAAGAAAAAAAAGAAUCCUCAUGGCGGCGCCACGGUCGGCUCCGUUGGCCGUAAGAUCCCUGAGCAGCAUAUACAGGUGAUAAGUGAAGCGGGAGAGAACUUGGGCACAAUGCACCGUGCAGAUGUGAUCAGAAUCAUGGAUGAGAAGGGGCUCAAGCUGGUGCUGCUCAAUCAGAACAAAGAUCCUCCUGUCUACAAGCUCAUGAGCGGCAAACAGAUCCAUGAAGAGCAGCUGAGACUGAGGGAGAAACAGAAAGCAAAAGCAGCCCCUGUGCAAGUGAAAGAGCUCACCUUUUCAUCGGGCAUCGCACCUCAUGACCUCACUACCAAGUGGAAACAAGUGGAGAGCUGGCUGGAGAAGAAGCACCACGUUAGAAUUACUCUGCGAUCAGGACGAGCGGCCCCAGAUGUCAACUUGGACGCAUCUCUGGGCCAGAUGGUGCAACAAAUGGGGAUGACGGUAGGAUUUGUUUCCAAACCGACAGUCAUACGUAACGGCCAGGCAGCCAUGUGCAUCCUGCGACCGCCCUCACCAAAAGAACUGUCACAAAAGAACAACCUGUCAGCCGACUCCAGUUCGAAAACCUCGCAGAGCAAACCUGAAAGCAAGACGGACACAACAGAAGAGUCUGCACAGCAGUGAACCGAUGGAAAUAAAACAUUUUCACACGCAAAAAAACCCUCCACAGACUGGUUUUAAUUCCCGAUUCAGGCUUGACUUGUAGAGUGCUGUUUUGGUUUUCAAGAAAGCUCAGGUGUGUCGUAAUGAGGCAUCAAACAAAACAGCCAUUAGAGAUUAGUCCUUGGACAGUGUCAUCUUUGUGAGCCGUGUCGAGAGCUACACUGGCACCAAAAAAGUCUUGUGUAUGUGCGGAGCUGAAGUCCUUUUUAUAAUUUCAUGAAGCCCAAUAUCUAUCUAUAAUCUAUAAACUGUGGCCGUUUUAGAUAGUUUAAAAGCCUGAUGAUGACCAGGCAAUACAACUGGGGCAUCUAUGUGAAGUGCUUGAGGAUCAACCUUGAUGAGCUUGAUGACGAUCUUCGCAAUAUUGUGUCCAAAUUGUCUGAAAGAGGGAGUCGCUCCUGUCGUCAGCGCUGAGUAAGUGUUUCAGAUGAGAGGAAAAUAUCAAACCCAACAACAGCGCAUAUUUUUUCUCUGCUUUAUUCAAGAUUCAUCUUUUAUGUUGUCUGUAAAAAAUAAAAAAUAAAAGCAAAUUUGGCGUACA